CUAGUCUUUUUUAAAAAAUAUAUAUAUUUCUUUAAUCAUCAAAUAAAAUAAAUAAAUUUUUUUACUCAGCGGAUACUGUAGCGGUGGGCGGCAUACAAGCUUUUCCGUUUUAUUCGUGAUAAGAGAGAAGAUUUUACCUGCAUAAAGAAGGCAGGCAGGAAGAAGAUCGGGCAACCAACUUUCUCUACUACUUAUAAGCUUUACCAAAAAGAAGUGGUGAAUUUAUUCAUUGCCAUGGAGAGCCACUGCACCCCAGAAAUGGCAGGAAAAGUAAUCAGAUGCAAAGCUGCAGUUUGUAGAAACCCGGGGGAGCCACUCAUGAUCGAGGAAAUUGAAGUUGACCCACCUAAAGCUUGGGAGGUUCGGAUCAAAAUUAUCUGCACAUCCCUUUGUCACAGUGAUCUUUCCUUUUGGAAAAUGAAGGCACCCAUUGGACUUUUUCCAAGAAUUUUUGGGCACGAAGCUGUCGGUGUCGUUGAAAGUGUGGGAGAGCAUGUAGAAGAGCUGAUAAAGGGGGAUCUAGUGUUGCCCGUGUUCCAACCAAACUGCAGGAAAUGCAGGGAUUGCAUGUCGGAGAAGAGCAACGCCUGCUCGGUCUUUGGGAAAAACAUCUCCCCCGACAUGCCCAGGGACAGAACCAGCAGAUUUAAGGAUCUCAAGGGAGAAGUGUUGCACCAUUUCGUUGGGGUUUCCAGCUUCUCCGAGUAUACCGUGGUUGAUGAAGCCCAUGCCGUGAAAAUUACUCCCGACAUUCCUGUUGAUAAAGCCUGCUUGCUUAGCUGCGGCGUCUCAACCGGGUUGGGAUCAGCGUGGAAAGUGGCAGCGGUUGAAGAAGGAUCCACAGUGGCUAUCUUUGGGCUCGGUGCUGUUGGACUUGCGGUUGCGGUGGGAGCAAGACUCCGCGGAGCUUCGAAGAUUAUAGGUGUGGACUUGAAUCCUGAAAAAUUCGAGAUAGGAAAGAAAUUUGGAGUCACUGAUUUUGUCAACCCAGCUACCUGUACUGCAGAAAAGCCAGUUAGCGAGGUAAUCAAGGAGAUGACUGAUAAGGGUGCUGACUAUUGCUUUGAGUGUAUCGGGUUGGCAUCAUUAAUGCAAGACGCUUUUGAAAGCAGCCGAGAGGGUUGGGGAAAGACGGUGAUAAUUGGUGUGGAGAUGCAUGGCUCGCCGUUGACCGUCAGUUCCUACGAACUUCUGAGAGGCAAAAGUGUCGUCGGCUCAUUCUUCGGAGGUCUCAAACCCAAAUCCGACAUUCCUCUCCUAAUCAAGAAAUACCUUGAUAAGUCUGUGUUUGUGUUGCAGGAGCUUAGUUUGGACGAGUUCAUAACACAUGAGUUGAGCUUCCAAGAAAUUAACAAAGCCUUCGAAUUGCUCCAAGCAGGGAAGAGCCUCCGUUGCAUUAUAUGGAUGGAUCGCUAGACAAUGGAUCCAGGCUGAAUUGGUCCUCGGGCCAAUUGCAAGAACAGAAAAUAAAAAUGGUAAUCUCGAUGUAGAUUACUUGGAAGAUAGGGUUAUUUUUAGUGAGGAUAAGCUGAUGGACUCUGACAGCAAGGCUGUCGUGAUGGCUUGGGAGAAACUUUAAUGGAGGCUCAUGACAAAGCAGUUUGCUCAGGAGGUGGCCACAUUCUGAAUAUUGGAUUUGGAAUGGGCCUUGUUGAUACUGCCAUUCAGCAAUAUGCGCCGGUCAAGCAC